AUGACUUCGACAAUUGAUUCCUCUCUCCCGCCGCUAAGACCUGUCUACGAGCCAAAAGACAGUUCAGCCCCACGCAACGAAUCACCACACUUGGCCAAACUCAUCUCCACCCUCCAUCUCCAACAACAUAUCGAAGGAGGCUAUUUUGUCGAAACAGAUCGCGACGCCAAUCGCGUACCAAACCCCUUCCUCAACACCUCUCCCUCAGCGUCAGAUAGCGAGCAAACAACCUUCUACACCUCGACCGGCGCCACGAGAAAUGCAAGCACCAGCAUCCACUAUCUCUUGACUCCCGAGUCGCCCAUGGGUGCUUUCCACCGCAACAGAGGAAGAACAAUUCAUACACUACACCGAGGACGAGGUCGCUACGUCAUCAUCCACGCCGACGAGGUCAUGCCAGAAUACGACUCGCAUUCGGGCAUAAGGUCAAAAGCAAGAGUAGAGACAUUCAUCGUUGGUCAGAACGUGGAAAAGGGUGAGAAGUUGCAGUGGAUCGUCGAUGGUGGAAAAUACAAGAGCAGCUUUUUGCUGCCACUCGAGGACGAGGACCCCACCAACAACGAAGGCCUUCUCAUUAGUGAGACGGUCGUCCCGGGCUUUGAGUACAGUGAUCAUGACUUUAUGAGAAUUGAACGACUAGAGGCACUGGUCACCAAGGAGCAGGCCGAUGAGAUGAGGUGGAUGCUGAGAAAGGACGACAAGCCAGUCUGA